CACAUCCGAAGCUUCACAGAAACGGCAGAAUUCAAGACUGAAUUCUCGCAGAGGCGAUUCGAACGGAAAGUGCGCGCAUAUUUUUCAAUUCCUUCUACGCGGUAUUUUGUUUAGUUUCGCGAGUAAUAAAAGUUCGUGUACGCGUUCGACCGGUUGACUCAUUGACGGUCCAAGUCGCGAGCACGCCGCGCUGUUUACUAAUGUUUAUUUUUGACGUCUUACGAGUUCUGCUGGUGCCUCUGGUGUCUAUAACAUCCUGUGUGUCGUCUGUGGAUGUGGUAACAUUUUUUGGAGCGCCGUUCCGUCAACUUUCGUGAGAAAACGACCACUCGCCGGUGGUUCCGUCGACACCGUCGUCGCCUUCCCCGAUCGGUGGCGGACACAAGGCAUCGUUCAGGGGUACCGCCAAGUUAGCGAGAAGAGCGCGCUCGUUCAAGGACGACUUCCUGGGCCGACUGUCGCAAAUGAGGGCGCCGAAUUCGACCGGCGCGCAGCCGAGCCCGAAAACUGGGACCGCGGGCAAACUGGAGCAGGCCACCAUCACCGCGGUAUACGCCAAGGGGCCGGAGCAGGAGCUGGAGGAUCUAUGGCGGCAGACGCAGGUGGCUUUGAAACAUUUUAGGGAUGUGGUAUCAAAGCAAAAAUUGGAGAUGUUACCAGGCAAUGGAACCAUCGUGCUGGACACGGUAUGGUUGAUCAAUUUGGCAGUGAAAUCGUCAGUUGCGGGAGAUGCCGCUUCCAACGGCGUCAAAUCGGCAACUAGAAGAAUGUAUCAAAGCGUAGCGAGACUCAUCAAGCUUUGCGAUGACGUGCUAAUCGAUUCUCAAAGUUCGGAACUGGAUAUUGACAACGUCGGAGAUAUAGUUACCCAAGUAGAAGUGUCCGUUAAGGAACUAAUCGAGCUGGCUCAAAAAAAGAUAUCAGAACAGCAACAUCACCAUUCGACACCAUCCUACAAAACGGGUCCUAGAACAUCGUACAGUAACAUCGAGGCAACGGGCCAGAGAAACUCCCUACCCGAUAUCCCUCUAACGCCCAGAGAAAUGGAAAUACUUCAGAGGACUGCACAUGCGAAUCCUGUCAGGGGCAGUCACAGUACAGAAUCAAUAUUACGAGAUUCAAGUCCUCCUCCUAAACCACCAUUACCAGAAUCUCUCUGUAGGUCGGAUCCUAACACAUCUCUUACGCCACCUCCUUUACCACCAAAGAAGAAAAAUUUCAGACUGCAUCGACUGAUAGAUGAAUGUUAUUCGGAUCAUUCGCCUAUGACGACCAGCUUGGAGAGGGUAUCCAUGAGGUCUAAAUCACCGGAAGACUCAAUAUCGCUGCUCUCUGAAAGUGCUGGAAGCGUAGAUUCGGUCCUGAACAACUCUUCGAGGGAAGAAGAUGAAAUAAGGGCCCUCAUGGACGGAGAUGACAUAUAUUUUGAUAAUCACACCUCUGACAUUUUUGGAGGCAACGGUUCCACCUCUUGGGAAGAAUCAUCACUCUCUUCCAGCAUUUCCAAUCACGCGUCGGAGCACCAUCUGCAUCUGCACCAAGCUGUCUCCGACUACCGGCGACUGUCGAACGCCGAUUCCGGCGUCGCGACGUCAUCUUCGGCACGGUCUUCGAGUUACAGCAAGCGCAGCUCGCAACAGUCCGCACAAUUUACGGCGCAAAGUGUCACGGUGACGAGCAGUUCAGUGCAGCAGACCAAAAGCAGUACCGAGAUGAUCAAAUCGGAAAGUAUAUUGCAAGGGUUGAAUAGGAGUUUCGAGAACCACCUGACGCUGAAGAACUUCAGCGAAUCGACCAGUAGCAGCAGUUCCGUGACAGUAGUGUCGAACAGUACAAACGGCGCGAGUAAAUCGGACGUCAAUGAAGAUGUACCACCGGCUAUUCCACAAAAGACUAAGAGAAAGACGGCGGACAGGCAGCUAUCUCCUUAUGACAAUGUACCUGAUGAAAAAAUAGGUGGUGAACUUCUAGUGACGUGUGAGAAACACCAGUCUUCGCAUCACAGUGUUUCCAAUAGUACCAGUAUUUCUAGUUCGAUGAUUGAGACUGACGGAAGCAAACCGCCACCGUUACCGCCUAAGAAGAAGCACAUGUUCCAAUCGGUUGCAUACUCUGUAAUGGCCUACAUGGAGAUGUUCGGCAACUGCACGCACACGAACGAUCAGGAGUUCAUGAGGCAUUCGGUGCAUAUGGUGCAAUCGCAGUAUUCCACGCCCCUCACGCAGACCAUAACCGCCGGAGGUAUGUCGUCAACGCAGUCGUGCUCCUUCAGCCAUUCUUCGCAUCUGUCAAACUAUUCUAGUAGCAGUCAUUCGUCUGCUACCAGGUUGCAUGGGCAUGCGGUUCUGGGAGUGCCGCCCAGGUCUGAUGAUAGAUCCCCGUCACCCGUACUACCACCAUCCCCCCUAUCGACAACCUCAACCGGGGGCAGUUCCGAUGGCCCCCCGCCCGCGCUACCGCCUAAACAGCGACCGCGCAGACCAUCCGCACGUUCGCCGCCCCCAGCUGCUGUACCGCCCCCGGUACCCAGGCCACCGCCGUCUGUACUUGGGGAUGGGGAAUCCAAACCUUCGUCACCGGUUGUCAAGUCGUUGCCUGAUCUGCUAGAGCACACUACUAAGAAUGACGAACAGAAUUCAAACAAAGCUAGUCCUUGCGAAGAUUUGAUGGAGAUGCUCAACGUCGACGAGUAUUUGUUAUUGAAAAAAACGGACGAAGACGGACCCGAUAUUAGAGGAGGACAUAUCGAUGCACUCAUCAUUCAAGCGACCAAGGCCACCAAAAAUGGAGUGUUCAUGUACCAAGAAGCCUUUCUGACGACUUAUCGAACAUUCAUAACCCCAUACGAUUUAAUAUCAAAACUAAUGAGAAGAUACAAUUAUUUCUACUACCAACCUGAUAAGAAGCCCAGGUCACGAGAAGCAUUCGCAUUGAUCGUGCGGGUUGUCAGCGAUUUAACGAGCCUGGAUUUGGAUAAAGAACUGCAACUGAAGUUGAUGAAUUUUGUCCAGCAACUCAUAUCUUGCGGAGAACUGACCUUAGCAAAAGCAUUGAGAGUCAAGCUACUCCAAAGGCACGAAGCCAAGGAAAUGUUGUCCAAAUAUACCAACAUAGUAACAAGCUUGUCAUUGAACGCGAGAAAUUUCACCCUGUUCGACUUCAAAUCUGAACAGAUAGCAGAACAGAUGACUCUGCUUGACGCCGAGUUGUUCAUGAAAAUCGAAAUUCCCGAAGUAUUGAUAUGGGCGCAAGAGCAAAACGAAGAGCGAAGUCCUAACCUUACCAUGUUCACGGAACAUUUUAAUAAAAUGUCAUAUUGGGCGAGAACGAAAAUUCUAACAGCCGAGAACAAAGAUACACGCGAAAAAUACUUCACGAAGUUCAUAAAAAUCAUGAAGCACUUGCGCAAAAUCAACAACUUCAAUUCGUACCUGGCGCUGCUGUCAGCGCUGGAUUCGGCACCUGUGCGUCGGUUGGAAUGGCAGAAACAGGUGCAAGAGGGGCUUAAGGAAUAUUGCGCGCUGAUUGACAGUUCGUCCAGUUUCAGGGCCUACAGACAAGCUUUAGCAGAAACUCAGCCUCCAUGUAUUCCUUAUAUCGGGUUGGUGCUACAAGACUUGACUUUCGUCCACAUAGGAAAUCCAAAUUUGUUACCAGACGGUUCUAUCAACUUUUCCAAGAGGUGGCAGCAGUUCAACAUUGUCGAAAAUAUGAAGAAGUUCAAUAAAGCGACCUACACGUUCAAAAGACAAGAAAAGAUAAUAAACUUCUUCCAAAGUUUCAACGACUACAUCGGCGAAGACGCUAUGUGGAAGCUAUCCGAGACGAUAAAACCUCGAGGUGGAAAAAAACUCGGCCACUGAACAAAGCAAUAUUCAUUUAGUUUUUCGGUGCAAUCUGCAAGUUUCAUUAUAUACGGUGCUUCGAAAAUUUAUUUGUUAGCAUUUAAUACGUGGGUUCUAUAUUUUUUAUAAGUCAAAAAAGUAGCCCAACAUCUUCCAUAUGGCCAUUUCGGAAACGUGAACAAAUAUCUGAAUUAUAGUUGCAUUUGGGUUAGUAUUGCACUGGGAAAUGUUGGUUAUUUCUUUGGCUAUAAGUCGUCUGAUAUUGCAAGGCCUAUAAUACGCCCGGUGGCGCCACUAUUACACUAAGAGAUCGUGUAGUAAAUUGCAUAUAGUCAAUAAAUGAAAUUUUCAAACGGAUGGAGCAUGUAAAGGGAGUAGGUAAAAACACAGCGGCAAAUACAUCACGUAUUUAUUAUUGAAUUUUAGACCUGUAUGGAUUGUCGCUCAUUCCCAUUCGGUUAAACCACAGGCUCCAUCCAUGUGAUGCAGAUUUUCAACAUAGAAGAUGAACGACAGCAUCUGCACAAAGCAGUACCAUGCAUGUCGUAUGUACAACACAGCAAACAGAAUCCACUUCCAUCUGAUCUUUAAUGAUUUGUUUCUGGUCAAGGAUUUUUUAUUUAUACUAAGUUUAUUUGUGCAGCAAUCCGGACUUUUCAUUCCAUUUAAAUUAAGCUUGGGAAUACUGCUCUUUUAUACAGGGUGUCACACGUAGAACUGCACUUGUCAAUUAUUCCAAACUUUGACAAUUACGAAUUACUGUAUUAAUAUAAUGAAUUCGGUCAAAAGAUUUUUAAUACUAAAUUAAAUUGCAUUUUAUGGAAAAUAACAGUGUCUCAUUGAGGCUGUACAAAAUUCUGCUUCAUAAAUUCUUUGAAGACAUGAAUAAAAUUACAGAACGGUUAUUCUUUAAGUUUGCAACGUUACAUUGUCUAUGGCGUGCGAAAAGGUGUUUGAUCACAAUAAAAAAUAAGAAACUUGGUAUCUAUUUCCGGUGCAACCGGAAGCGCCACCAUUUUGAAAAUAUCUCAGAUAAUUACACUGGUCAACAAAAUUUUAACUUUGUCGUGC